UUCAGACAACCUUCGGCUGGCUAAGCUUGCUUGCCUGUGUAUAUGUAAACAUUCAGUGCGUUUUAAGCAGACUGAUUUCUUGCACUGUUGUCUCAGCCUGUUACUAUAUGUCGCUUGCUCGUUUUAAGGGCUAGGCGCAAUGAACGACAGGCAGCGUGCAUCCAGCUAACUGACCAGUCUCAAACUGUUGCAACUCUUGUUUGGCCCACGCGAGAAAAUGGAUACUGAAAUAUUUUUGGCAGACAGUGCAGCUGCCCCUCUACCUCUGCGCUCUCUGCGUCUCCUGGUUCCUCCUCUUCAGCUGAUGUCAGCGUCCAUGUGGCAGGUGGUCCAUCAGCGAGAAGUCCUGAGGUAUGGGAUGCUGGCUGAGUUUGUGUCAGUGGUCACAGAGACUGUCCCAGAGCUUCUCAACUACAAGCACAGGGCCCAACUCAUUCUGGGGUUGCGAGCUAGGCAUAUUCUGGAGUUACUUCGUGGUGAGACUCCUGUAGAGCCUCAAGUUAUUUUAACCCACUUGGACAGAAUUCAGCCACAUACUCACUCCAGCAAUGAUAUGAACGAUACAGAGGUUGAGGCCUCUGAGAAGUUUGUAGAACUGGUCCAGACCUUACUAAAGGACUCUGAUAUGAAGGAACAUUUUUUUGAGGGGGUGUUCUCAGUGGAAUUUGGACCGCAUUAUGACAUAGAGCUACAGACGCUGUUGUGGGAGUUUCUCUCUAGACUGGCACAGCUUUUACCAACUCCUGACUUUGAGCAGACUGUGUCAUUGCUUGGUUCUGCAUCUUCUGUUCUGGAGGACUGUUCCCACGCUAUGUCUCACCCAGAAGACCUGAAAGGUCUGCUUCAGUAUCAACAGCACACUGGGCAUCUGGAGGAGCAUGUUCCACCCUGUGCUAUGGGUGACUGUAUUCUGACCUCUCUCUCCGUGCCUCUUCGAGGUAGAUUGAUGGACAACGCUGACCAGGUCAGCUGUGAUAGCCGUUCGGAACCCUCACAAGACCUCAUGGACGACACACACCAUGUGUCGUUCGUAGAGGAUGUGGUUGAAAUUGUCACCAUGUCAGACUACUCUGAGGUUGGGAAGGGGACCAGUCAGAACGGGGAGGAGCUGGUGGAAGAGAAUAUGGAGGAAGUUAAGAUAAUGGUGGAUGUGACCAAAGAGCCGACAGAAAAGCCUCCUGAAGAGAAAGUAAGAGUAGACGAGAAACAGGAAACGCACCAGGAGAAAGCGAUGGACGAAUCCGAAAGUAUAAUUAAGAGCCCUUCCUGUCUAGUAGAAACAGGCGAUGACCCAGCAUCCUGUCAAUCCCAAACUCCCUCUGGUUCACAUGACUGCCCAGACUGUGACAAAACCUUCAAGUUUGCCUCUGCACUGAUAGCUCACCGGGUCAUCCACACUGGUGAGCGCCCGUACCAGUGUAACCGCUGUGGCCGAUGCUUCUCCUUUAGGCAGUCUUUAGACAGGCACAGACACACCCAUAAAGAUGGCCGCCAGUAUGACUGUGUGAUCUGUGGGGAGACCUUCCAGUCCCUCUCAGCCCGUACAGAGCACAAGAAGACCCACAUGGAGGAUGGCGUGUAUGUGUGCCCACGCUGCGAUAAGAGAUUCAACUGGGAGUCGGCGCUGGUGAGACAUCUGAAAACUCACACUGAGGGAGACGAGCUCAACGAAGAGGAGCCCGCCAAGACGCUGAAAACGGAGCCAGACAACGUCGGGAUUGAGGAGGGCGUAGGGGAGGUGGUUGUUGAAACGACCGAAACAGAACAGGGGUUACAGGGGGAAGCGAAGUGUAAUCUCAGUCCAGAGGAGGAGAGUCGGUCCAACCAGCACACGUCUUGUGCGUUGCCUGCUUUGGUUCCUAAGCUUCUAGACAAGGUUGUGUCCAUGGUAAAGGUUCGCACCAGUGCGCGCACACCGAAGCCCACGAUGAAGAUACAGGUAAUAAACCUGCAGAAACGCAAGGGAAAGGUCAUGGCCCCCAAAAAGAGAUUGGGUGGGGUGAAACUUCCAGAAGAGACCAAGCCAGUUUUAUUUAACAGCGAUGAGCAUUCCUACGGCUCACAAAUCGUUUCUACAAAGGAAGGAGAAGAAGGGGCAACUGCAGACAACUCCACUCCUCUACAGUCCUGUCCUCAGUGCUCCUUCAGCCACCAGGAGGAAGCACAAAUUCAGCAGCAUAUUGAAAGGGUCCAUUCCGGCGUGGAGGCCCAGGAUGACCCACUGGCCUUGGAGCACCAGACAGGACCCGCUGGCUGCUACGACUGUCCGGACUGCGAGAAGACCUUUCGGUUCCAGUCUCUGCUGAAAGCCCAUCAGCGCAUCCACACCGGCGAGCGCCCGUACCUGUGCUCCCAAUGCGGGCGCAGCUUCUCCUUCAAACAGUCGCUGGAGAGGCACAAACACACACACAAGAACGGCCGCAAGUACGAUUGUCUUAUUUGUGGAGAGAGCUUCAAGUCCUUGUCGGCCCACCGAGACCACAAGAGCAGCCACAUGGAGAACGGCGCGUACCUGUGCUCCGAAUGCGGACGAACAUUCGCCUGGAAGUCGGCCCUGGUGAGGCACCUGAAGACCCACACGGAAGCAUCCGACAAGACCGAACGCCCUCACAAGUGUCCCCACUGUGACCUCGGCUUCAGCUGCGUGACUUACCUCAACCGGCACCUCCUGACCCACAAGGAAGAGCGUCUUCACGUCUGCACGUGCGGCAAGAGCUUUGCGUACAAGGCCGCCCUCACGGCACACCAGCGCACCCACCAAUCGGAGAGGCCCCACCAGUGCAAGCAGUGCGGCAAGGGAUUCCUCUACAAGGGGGGGCUACUGAGCCACAUGAAGAUCCACUCUGAGGAGAUGCCUUACAUGUGCUCCUUCUGUGGCAAGAGCUUCAAGAGGGAGCGCAACAUGAAGAAACAUGAACGCUGCCACACCAGGGAGAACGUGUUCAGCUGCUCCCAGUGCGAGAAGACCUUCGUGUACAAGGCCACACUGAUCAGACACGAGUUGACGCACUCGGGGGUGAGGCCUUACCUCUGCUCCGACUGCGGGAAAGGCUUCUUCUCCCACGCCGAGCUUCUGAAGCACGAGCGCUUCCACACGGGACACAAGCCCUUCCAGUGCCCUCACUGUGGGAAGAAGUUCACCCAGUCUUGUUACCUGACCAUUCACCUUCGCUACCACACGGGGGUCCGGCCCUACACCUGCCCACAAUGUGACAAAAGCUUUCUCAGUGCCAACCGUCUGAAGAGACACCAGCGAACACACACUGGGGAGAAGCCAUACUUGUGUGUGGAGUGUGGAAAGGGAUUCAAACAGUCGUAUCACCUCAAGAUGCAUGUGAGGACUCAUACCCCAAAGUUUAUAUGACUUGUGUAAGUUUGGGUAGCAUUCAGAAUAGUUUUGAAAACUCUUAUUCAGGCAAAAUAGUUAUAGCUAUUGUGACAGUAAUGUUUGUUUCUCUAACACAUUAAGGCUCCUGAGGCAUGGUAAGAUAGGUACAUUAGAUUUGUUAUUUUGCUUGGUAUAAAGUGGGGUAGUAUUGUUUUCAAAAAUCUUCAGUAGGUAAAGUGACAACAUAACCAAUAAAUUGUCUAAAACAACAAGCAUUAUUUAAAACUAAACUUUAUUAACUGGCAUGGAUGCAUUUCACAUCUACAAACUCAGAAGGCAUAGGUAUGAAAGAAAUGAAAAGCUUAACAGGUUUGUCUAAGAAACAUUGCUCUGGAUGUUGGCAGUAGAGGGUUAAUACCAGUAGUUGCUUUCCUGGUAUUAAUAUGCUCUUGGCU